UGCUGACCAGGUCGUGACCUACUUGAGAAUGAUCAGGACAGCGCUAGGCAAACUCAAAAGACCUGGGUCGGUUUUUCUAACCCAUCGAUUUGCUUCGCAAGCGGCAAAGCCCUUCUUUUACCAGGACAUUUUCGAAACGACUAAACCCGUUUACAAAGAUACGCCCUUUAAAAAACUAACAGGUUUGUUCGGGAAACUCAUGACCGUCUAGUUACCGUCCAGGGAAUCAUGUGUCAUCGAUUGAUGCUGGUGGACAUCGUGUUUUACAGGUGGAUUUUGAAGCUCUACGACUGCUGUCAGCUCAAGCAAUGGUGGACAUUGCUCAUCUACUCAGACCCUCUCACCUGGAAUCGUUAUCCAAUAUAUUGAAAGAUAAAGAUGCUUCUAACAAUGAUAAAUUUGUUGCUCUCGAGUUGCUGAAGAACGCGAACAUUGCUGCAGGGAUGGUUCUUCCCGGUUGUCAAGACACGGGCACAGCUAUCUGUAUGGGGAAGAAGGGCCAGUACGUUUGGACUGACGGAAGAGACGCGGAAGCCAUUUCGCGUGGCAUAUACGACACAUAUACCUCAACCAACUUAAGAUAUUCACAAGUUGCUCCAGUUGACAUGUUCACAGAGAAGAAUACGGGAACCAAUCUACCUGCCCAAAUUGAAUUGUAUAGUACCGGUGGGAACGAAUACAACUUUCUGUUUAUCGCCAAAGGUGGUGGGUCUGCUAACAAAACGUUUUUGUAUCAGCAGACCAAGGCACUCUUGAACCCCGAAAAACUAUAUGCAUUUAUCAAUGAAAAAAUCAAGACUCUUGGAACUGCAGCUUGUCCCCCGUACCACUUGGCUGUGGUUGUUGGUGGAACUUCAGCCGAAAUGACAUUGAAAACCGUGAAAUUGGCGUCUUGCAAGUAUUUGGACAACUUACCCACGUGCGGUAAUGAACAUGGACGGGCAUUCCGAGAUAUAGAUGCUGAGGCUCGUGUGUUGGAAUUGACGCGCAAGCUUGGCAUUGGUGCUCAGUUCGGUGGGAAGUACUUCUGUCACGAUGUUCGUGUUGUUCGUCUGCCCAGGCACGGUGCCUCGUGUCCUGUUGGUAUUGGGGUUUCUUGCUCUGCUGAUAGACAGAUACUGGGGCGAAUAACUGCCGAUGGUGUAUUUCUGGAACAAUUGGAGACGGAUCCAUCAAAGUACUUGCCUGAUCCAGACACUGAGAAACUCUCGGCUGACGUUGUCAAAGUUGACCUGAACCAACCGAUGGAUAAAGUUUUGGCAGUAUUGUCGAAGCAUCCAAUCCGAACGCGAGUUUCGCUCACCGGUACCUUAGUGGUCGCUCGUGAUGCCGCUCAUGCCAAAAUCAAAGAGCGUUUGGAUGCCGGAGAAGCAAUGCCUCAAUAUAUGCGCGAUCACCCCGUAUAUUAUGCCGGUCCUGCCAAGACACCCGUUGGUUAUGCCAGCGGCUCUUUCGGGCCAACAACUGCUGGCCGGAUGGAUGCUUAUGUGGAUCAGUUCCAAAAGGCUGGUGGUAGCAAAAUAAUGUUGGCGAAGGGCAAUCGAUCCAAACAAGUGACAGAAGCUUGCAAAAAAUAUGGAGGUUUCUAUCUCGGUUCGAUUGGUGGACCAGCUGCCAUUUUGGCAAAGAAUUGCAUCAAAAAGGUGGAGGUUUUGGAAUAUCCGGAACUUGGAAUGGAGGCAAUAUGGCGUAUCGAGGUUGUCGACUUUCCAGCAUUCAUUGUUGUGGACGACAAAGGCCCCGAAUUGCACAGCAUUAACAAGCUAUUCGCCCACAUAUCCGAAAAGCAUCGCACG